CUGGUCAUGUGCGAUGUCUGCUCUUCGGUGAAAUUGUGCAAAACAUUGUGAAAGGACAGUCUUUCGGGACACGAUCGACAUGUGAAGAGUAUUUUGACAACACAUAAUGCACGACGCUUAUGAGGCAGCUCCAAUUCUGGAGAAACUCCCUCUCCAAAUUGAAUCCAUAGCAUGUUAUGAUGAUAUUUUGCUGGUUGGAACAAAGCAAGGGCACCUGCUGCAGUACAAGAUCAAAAGAAGUACAAGGGUGCAAGAAAAGAAAUUUGAGGUUACCUUGGAGAGAUCAAACAAAUCCUUUUCCAAGAAACCAAUCACACAGUUGACUGCUGUUCCUGACCACUACAUUCUGAUAAGUCUCUCUGAUAAUGUCAUCAGCGUACACGACCUGCAGUCGUUUGGCCUCGUCACCUGCGUCACUAAGACGAAGGGCGCUACGCUGUUUGCCGCAGAUGUACAGAAAAAUUCCUCCAUCACUGGUGGGGCACAGACCACUCUCAGGAUAGGUGUGUCCUCCAAGAGAAGGGUGCAGUUGUUUUACUGGAAAAACAGAGACUUCCAUGAAUUGUUGGCAGACCUGAGUCUGUACGAUAUUCCGCGAGCAAUGGCUUGGUGUAAGGAAUCUCUAUGUGUGGGAUUCCGCAGAGAGUACUACAUGAUCAGCGUUAAAAAUGGUGAGCUGACGGAACUGUUCCCUGUUGGGAGCCGCCAGGUGGAGCCCAUUGUCACCAAACUAGCCAAUGACCGUCUGGCACUUGGUCGAGAUGAAAUGUCCAUUUUGAUAGAUGGCGAGGGCAAACCUGCUCGGAAGGAGCCGGUCAAGUGGUCAGACAUUCCCAUAGCUAUAGAAAAUAAUGCACCCUAUGUGUUAGCCAUCUUACCCAAGUAUGUAGAAGUCCGAACUAUUGAACCUAACCUGAACAUCCAGAGUAUAGAGCUCUCCAAGCCAAGACUGGUGUGUCAGGGGAGCAACACUGUGUAUGUAGCUUCAUCCAACUUUGUGUGGAGACUGGCCCCAAUGCCCAUUUCUCACCAGAUUAAACAGCUGCUGCACGGGAAGGAGUUCAAACUGGCUCUACACUUAGCCGAAAUGCAAGAUGAACCUGACUCCGAGAAGGAGAAGAGGAUCAGAAGCAUCAACAACCUGUAUGCCUUUGAUCUGUUCUGUCAGCACAAGUUUGAGGAAUCCAUGAAGAUAUUUGACUCCCUCGGGACAGAUCCAUCUCAUGUCAUAGGGUUGUACCCCAACCUGCUUCCCCAGGACUUCCGGAACCAGCUGGAGUAUCCGGACCGACUGCCGGACCUGGAGGGCGGAGAGCUGGAGAAGGGAAUGCUUGCACUCAUCGACUAUCUCACUGAGAAGAGAAACCAGCUACUGAAGGACCUGAACAAGGACAUGGCAACAACGGCCAUUGUGGAGGGCAACGUCACCAUCCGCUCCAAGAAGCAGCUGAGCCAGAUCAUAGACACAACUCUCCUGAAAUGUUACCUCCAGACAAAUGAUGCGCUUGUGGCACCGCUGCUGAGACUGAAGGACAACAACUGCCACGUGGAGGAGAGCGAGCGGGUGCUCAAGAAGAAGGAGAAGUUCAGUGAGCUCAUCAUCCUGUAUGAGAAGAAAAAUCUCAAUCAAAAAGCCCUGAACCUGUUGAUGAAGCAGGCAGCACGUCCAGACUCUCCAUUGAAAGGUCACGACCGGACAGUCCAGUAUCUACAGCAUCUGGGUGCUGAGCAUCUGGCUCUGAUAUUUGAGUACUCCGAGUGGGUACUGAGGAAACACCCGGAGGAUGGGCUGAAGAUAUUUACUGAAGAUACACCUGAGAUUGAAAGUCUUCCAAGAGAUGAGGUGCUAGAGUUUCUAGAGAGGAUGUCAAAAGAUCUGGCUAUACCAUAUCUUGAACACAUUAUUUCUCAAUGUGAUGAUGAGACGCCAGAAUUUCACAACCGCUUAGUGCACCUGUACCGAGAGAAGAUCCAGGUGCUAUCUGAGGACUAUGUUGAGUCUCUACCUGAAGGAGAUCGUCUUGACAAAUCGAAAAACGAACCGGUGGAGUUGGAGGAGUACAGGGUGAAGCUGGUGGUGUUCCUGCAGACGUCCCAGCACUACGUCCCUGAGAUGCUGCUGGCAAGGUUCCCGCUGGAUAAGAGAGCAAUCCUACUGGGUCGGCUGGGAAGACAUGAGCAGGCUCUUGGCAUCUACAUCCACAUCUUGAAAGAUCCCCGUCUGGCUGAAGUGUAUUGUCGGACACAUUUUGAUAAAGAUAAGGAAGGGAACAAAGACGUGUAUGUGUGUCUGCUGAAGAUGUAUCUCCAGCCUCCGGAACCCUCCACACUCGGGAUGGCUCCUGAUGGGCAUGUCAGCACACCUCACAAGAACAUUCCUGCCGCCCUCAAACUGCUGGAGGACCAUGCAUGGAAGAUUGAGACGACUAAAGCUCUGGAACUGUUGCCCCCGGAGACCCGAGUCCGUGACAUCCUCACCUACCUGGAGAAUGUGAUGGAGCAUCGAGCAGCUCAGCGCCGCUCAGACCAGGUGCUGAAGAGCAUGCUCUACAAUGAAAACCUUCAGGUCCAGGAGCAGCGAAUGUACUACCAAAAGGUCAAGGUCAUCAUCAAUGAUGAGAAAACAUGUCGCGUUUGCAGGAGGAGGAUCGGUGACAGUGCCUUCGCUCGCUACCCGAACGGCCUCAUCGUCCACUACUUCUGUUGUAAAGACCCAAAGACAUUGCCGCCGGAUCUCAAGUGAAAUGGUCACCUCACACUAUACAUGUCACGGUAUUAUUUGUGAAGCACUGCGUCAUGGUCCGGGCUGGAUUGUUGUCUACUUCUUGGAUUGUGUCAAGAGUAUUUUCUUCUUCCAUGAAAUAUGAAGAGUUCUUAAGCUUUGAUUCAGUACAAUACAUACAAAGAAUGUCAUACGAGUUCAUUUGUAUGUAUGUAUUAAAAAAGAUGUCAUGAUAAGAGAGAAACAAUGAAUUCUUAGACCGAGUUGUUUUUCCCCUGUCAUGACCUCGUUGAGUUCAAUACCUAAGGUCCAAAUGGACUACUAUGACAAUCAAUAUUUAUUACACUCCUUCUUAAUGACAGACUGUUUUAAUCUAACUCAAGGCAUAACUAUUGAAACUUAGCAUUGAGGUUACUGUGACCUGUGUAUCACUCCGCACAAGGGACAUAUCACACAUGUAUACGUGGUUGUAUUCCUCCGCCUGACGUCAUCAGUCAAGUGCAAGGUUCUCAUCAAGAAAUAACAAAACAAUAAUAUUUGACACAAA